GUUAGCAAGGCUGAGAGAUGCCGGUUGUCAUAUUAGCUCGGGAUACCGGGAAGUAUGCACACCCUACAUACUAAUGAUCUAUUAUUGUUGUUAUGAGUCUGGAUUGGGUGUCCAGACAAGCUCAUCUAGACGCUAUCCGGCUCCACCGGCCCACUGCGAAUGACGAGGUCGGCUCGUUGGUUGCCUGAUAUCAUCCCAUCGGAUGACAUCAAGACAAGGUUGACUGUCGGCUUUCGGGUUUGCCGAACCUGACAGCCAAGUACUGCUCCUAUAAUAACUCUGAAAGAAGUAUAUAUUCUUGUACUGAUGCCCGGGAUGGUACCUGGUUGAUUCAGACAAUUCUACAAUCACUAUCUCUUCCAUAUAAAGCAUUCCGUUCCGCUUCUCGAUCUAAAUUUAGCAUAUACAUCAUGGUCGUUAACAUCACGGCCGAAGAUCCUCAACCCACCAUCCACAGCCACAUCAAUGGCACUACCGAAGAGAUUCUGGAUCGGCUCUGUGUCACCGAGCUUCUAAAGGGAUGGCCGGUUUACCGAGAUGCCUCUGAAUGGGCCCACUACCGGAAUUGUUUCGCCGAACAGGCUUACAUCUUUACUACAUGGAGCGGAGGCAUGCCCAUCGACGAAUUCAUCGAAGUCUCUAAAAAGGGCCGUCGAAAUGGCGACCACAUCAUGCACCGCGAAAACGGCACCCUCGUCGAGCUGAACUCCAAGACAGGCCGUGCUGUAGGUAAAAUGAAGGCCACCAUCACGCAGCGCUUCUCGUUCGAUGGCGUCGAAUUCGACGUCGAAUGUGACUGCCGCUUUAUCAUGUGGUGCCAGAAGGAUCCGGCCGGAUGGAAGGUUCACUACAAGCGCUUGUUCUACGAGAAGGAUAAGAUCAUGCCGGUGGACGGCAAGCAUGUGCCUGACUACUCGGAGGAGGAGCUCAAGCCGUAUCCGUAUGGAUACAGGUAUUUGGGUGCCUCUCAGGCGAGACUGGGGCAUAAGAUCAAGUUGGAUUUGCCGACUAUGGAGGAUAAUGAUAAGUUCCGAGGGAUGUAUGAGGCUAUGGAGAAGUGGUUGAGGGGGGAGGAUAUUAAGGAGACGUUGGGGAUUCCUGUAUAAAUUUAUUGGGACGAUAGGAAGGUUCUCUUGUAUAUAAUUUAUUGAUAUGAGGACAAUCAUUAUGACGAUCGUUACGAUUAUGAAG